GUGACGGGGGGGAGCUUGGCGGGGCGCCUGUGGACCCUCCCCUGGGCCAGCGGGCAGGAUGGGCCGUCUUUCCUCACCUUAGUUCACCUCCUGCAUGCCGCCGGUGCCAGGGGCGCUGUGGAGCGGGGCACGGGCAGCCCGCCAUGGCCGAGGCAGGAGCGGGAAGCGCCGAGGGGGCCGAGGAGGAGCGGCGGGCAACGGAAGAUAGUUGCUUGGUAGAUGGAAACCCAUGCAUUGCUUCUGGAGUCCCCAGCCUCAUGAAUACAAAAACUAAGCCUGCUGCAACCACUUCUUUCAACACUUUUGUGGCUGAGAUUCCAAGGAAGCGCAAAGGAAGUGAUUCUGAUAACCAGGACACACCUGAAGUUGAUGGUGAUCCUCAGAAAAGGAGUGAAGAUGACGAACAUGUUAAAAUAAAAGAUUUCAGAGAGGCACACAGUCAGACAGAGAAACGAAGAAGAGACAAAAUGAAUAAUCUGAUAGAAGAAUUGUCUGCUAUGAUACCUCAGUGCAAUCCCAUGGCACGAAAACUAGACAAGCUUACAGUGUUACGGAUGGCUGUGCAGCACUUAAAAUCUUUAAAAGGUUCUACUAGCUCCUAUUCGGAAGUCCGGUAUAAACCUUCAUUUUUAAAGGAUGAUGAGCUCAGACAGUUAAUCCUUAGGGCUGCAGAUGGAUUCCUGUUUGUGGUGGGAUGCAACAGAGGAAAAAUUCUGUUUGUUUCGGAAUCAGUUUGCAAAAUACUUAAUUAUGAUCAGGCCAGUUUAAUUGGACAAAGUUUGUUUGAUUACUUGCAUCCGAAAGAUGUCGCCAAAGUUAAGGAGCAACUUUCCUCUUCAGACAUUUCUCCAAGAGAAAAGCUCAUAGAUGGCAAAACUGGCUUGCAAGUACACACAGAUUUUCAAGCUGGACCAGCUCGCCUGAAUUCUGGUGCUCGACGUUCUUUCUUCUGUCGGAUAAAAUGUAGUAAGACUGCAGUCAAAGAAGAAAAGGAAUGCUUGCCCAACCCAAAGAAGAAAGAUCACAGAAAGUACUGUACCAUUCACUGUACUGGAUAUAUGAAGAACUGGUCUCCUAAUGAGGUGGGAGUGGAAGAAGAAAAUGAUGUAGAAAAAGGCAGUAGUAAUUUUAACUGUCUUGUUGCAAUUGGGAGGUUACACCCUUAUGUUGUUCCACAAAAGAGUGGAGAGAUAAAAGUCAAAGCAACAGAAUUUGUUACGCGAUUUGCCAUGGAUGGAAAAUUUGUUUAUGUAGAUCAGCGUGCAACAGCAAUUUUAGGGUAUCUGCCACAAGAGCUUCUAGGAACUUCUUGUUACGAGUACUGCCAUCAAGAUGAUCACAAUCACCUAGCUGAAAAACAUAAAGAAGUAUUGCAGAAUAAAGAAAAAGUGUUUACGAAUUCCUACAAAUUUAGAGCAAAAGAUGGGACUUUUGUUACUUUAAGGAGUCAGUGGUUUAGUUUCAUGAAUCCAUGGACCAAAGAGCUGGAGUACAUUGUGUCAAAUAACACUGUAGUAUUAGGUCACAAUGAGUCAGCUGAAGAACUGGUCUCCGGUGGUUCCCAGCCUGCAGAAGAUACCACAAAACAGUCCUUAGUAGCUGUGCCUGGAAUGUCCUCCGGAACAGUUCUUGGUGCUGGAAGUAUAGGAACUGAAAUUGCAAAUGAAGUAUUAGAAUUACAAAGUAUUUUGGAAUCACCUUCCAGCAAUGAAGUUGAAAGGAGGAAAACCACGAGCAACAACAGAAGGGAAAAAAGGACAGAUGUCCUCAGCAAGAAGGAUGGGAUGUUCCAUUUUUGGUAAUACUGUCCUUAACGUCUUUUCAUCAGUACCGCCUACAGGAAAGAUAGUUGCUUUUAUAAAAUCUUUCUGAAGACCAGAGUAAGUUGGCAGAAGUUCUCAUCUCUGAGUAACAUACAGGCAUGCCCCAAGAGCUUUAUUUUGACUCUUGUUCUAGAGGCUUCAGUCAGCUCAGCAAGGUGAUGUUCUUGGUUAAGAUCACCUGGUCUUCACUGAAAACGCUCAUCCAUGUGAUGAUCCAUGUCAUCAACUAAAAGGAACCGGUCUAUUAUUUACAUGAAUAGUAUAUUUACUGGACGAUGGAGGAAUGGAUGCAUGCCUGGGAAAAUUCUUGGAAGCUACCCCUUGAAGUUUUGGUGUUCGUAUUUUUAAGAACCACAAGCAGUAUUCAUUCUCUUUAUGGUACCACAGAGACAACAGUUCCAGGAAGAACAUCUUCCUAAGGAACAAAGGGAAAAUUUGAGCUUUGCAUAAAGAUCAAAUCAACCCAUUUCUCCUCUUCUGGGCAAGUCUCAGAUUUCAGCAGAUCACAAGAAAGCAAAGUGUAUCUGUUUUCACCUUAGGAAACGAAAAUCCAUCAUGAGGGACAGAAUUGUGCAAGUUUGAGCAGAGAUUAUAGUACUGAAUUAAUCUCCCCAAUUUGAGGGGAAUUUUUUGGAAAGAUGGGAUUUUUUUUUUCCAAGAAGUCUGUUUAAAUAGAAUUAUGCUCUACAGUGGAGGCAAGAUGACUGAGGCGUCUUCAGGGGAAUCUUUAUUUUGAAUUCUUCCAGAUCCCAGAAGAUCAUCAGAGGUUUCCAGUGCACUGCAGACCUUACAGAGGUUGAGUUUAUUUAUCAGGAAAUUCAACUUUGAUACUGUUAGCACUAUCAUUAUUUUUUUUCUUUGUCUGCUUGUCAUAAGCUUGAAGCUCUUUAUGAUGCAUACCUCUAUAUCUCUGAGAUUCAUGUUGUAGAUACCUUGAUUUCAUUGUAUAAGUAAAGCAUGGCUUUAUUGGUUUAUGGAGCAGCAGUUUAAGGCAACAGGACAUUUACUCCAGUCUAUCUGACCUAUCAAAGUAUCUCUUCAGAAAGAUCUGAUCCCAGUGAUAGUCCAGACUUGCUUCUCAUUUAAAAAGUGGGAUGCUAGAAGAAAUAAAAAUCACAGAAGACCCCAUUCUGGGCAAGUUUAGGAUUCAAAGAAUUGUGGAAUCCUACUUUCCUGGACAAGUAUUUGUGAAAAUGCUGGCAGUAAUGAAUACUCGCCUCAAGCAGCACCAAGUUAGUCUCAUUCUUCAAGUGACUGAUUGAACUUAAUGCUUUUCUCAUUUAUGUUCACACUUUGAAUACUGGCUAGCAAAUGAAACAAGAAGAUACUGCUUUCUUUGGGAACAGUCAUCUUACUUCACAACUAAUGGACUGAAUGUCACAGUAGUUUGAAAGGAAAAAUGUUUGAUUUGCCAGCUCCAUCAGCCACAGUGAUCUGAGCCAUUUCAGUUUUGAGCAGACCUGUUUGUUUCAGUAGUCUUAAUUGUCCAUGGACACUGGAAAUUUUGAGAAAGAAACUUCUACUGACACUAACAGCCCAAGAAGUCGCUAUGCAGGUGAAAGAAAAGGCUUAAGAGCAAAGUCAUCCAGGAUAAGUAAACUGUGUGACCCAAAGGCAGGCACUUCAUUCAGUUCUGGAAAAGAGCAAUAGCAUUGUGUAAGUGGAAUCUCUGGCAUCAUAUUUGUCCUAUAGUCCUGUAUCUCAGAGGAAAAUAAAUAUUUUUAUCUCUGUAAGAGGCAGAGACAUUCACAAGUACGAAUGGGCGUUAAAGGCCUCAUCAGUAACAAAUGAAUUUUUCUGGAGAUGUCUAGACAUAGUUGCCUGCAUGCAGAUAUAUUUCACAUUUCAGAAACCAUUGCAGAGAACAGUGCUGUGUUUCUUUUCAGCUGCAGAGUAAGACUUCGUGCUAUUUCUUCGUAUCUUGUAGAAAGCAAGUUACUAUCCUGUGCAUGCUGGGGGAAUCAAAAUUAGACAAAGGAAUGGUCAAAACAAGAUAAUGCCAGCUCUGUUUCAUCAAACACCACUUUUUUUCCUUUGUGACCACAAACUUAACCCAAUGGAAUGAGUGCACUUACUACCUGAAUCUGCUCUCUGCACUUUUUAGUGUUGCUGAGACAGAGAUGACUUUCAAGCUGAGCCUCAAGCAUCACCAAGUUUUGAAAGGCUUCAGGCCUAUGCAUGCAACUCUACUUAUGAGCACAUCUGAAUUGGUUUAGCAUCUGAUAAAUGAUUGUUUCAGUAAGGCAGUCCUAAACUCUUUAUUCAAUCUAGAGUCCAUGUCCCAGUUUUUAGAGAUGGCAGUGCCUACUUACCAGAUUGUGCUUUGUAUAUUGGAAUGUCGAGAAUUAAUAAAUAUUCUGCACAAAUAACUAGAUUUAUUUAAGAUAUACUAUUUAUUCAUUUAAAUAAAAAAAUCUCCAAUUCCUUACCACAUUUUGGAUCUGAGCAAGUGAUAGUUACUAAAGCAUCCAGAGUGCCCCCACCUCUUUUAUAGCCUUGUUUUUGGAGAGUAAGAAGGAGCAGGGAGAGAUGGUUGUGAACUGUCCAAAGGGCACAGGUAUGACAUUUUCACUGUUAGUUUCACAUCUGGCAUGUUCAGUGAGAGAAGAUGGACAGACAGAAGCUCAAAGAAUUCUGGUAACAGACAAGUGAUCUUUAUUUUUUAGUCAGAAUUUAAUGAAAACAUGGAAAGACAGGUGUAACAAUAAUAACAGAGGGAGUAUGAGGAGAUAUUCUUAAUUUUCCCUCCACCAUUUAGCAAAGCUUCCUUAUACUGUCUGUUUUCUGGUUUUUUUUAAAUGUAUCUAUACGUCGCAGUGUGCUUACUUCUGAAACCUGCUACUCUUUGGUCUGUCAGUGCUGAUGGUUCUAAAGAAAAAUAAAAGUAUGCUCAAGAAA